AUGACUACGUGUUCGCGUCGUCCAGGCAAUUAUGCCCGUUUCCGGUUCAGUUUUCGCGCUAAUAACUUUAAGCUCUUGCCAAGACUCCGCGGAGUCGGGACCAAUCAGCAAAAGCAGUGGGCGCUGACGGCGCUAGGUCAAGCGUGCGACAGCUUUUGCUCGGACCAGAUCCGGCUGCCGUCCGACGUCUCCCAUAUUGUGCAACCUUUAUCCACUCCAAAUUUACCCGUGAACAAGCACUGUUCAUACACGCUGCAGAUCCAGAUUGGCCUGAGACAUUGGACAUUCUUCUUCUAUAUAUCAUGGUACUCCAGCCUGGAAGAGCAAGACAGAACGGCAGACUGCACGGAUGCCCAGCGCCUUGACCAAGUCAAAGGAUUCUCUCGAACGUUCACGGAUCCAUUAAAAAGUGCUUUUGAGUGGGCCAGUGCUGAUUGCAAGGUGUGGUAUAGCUGCCUGCAUGAUUUUGACCCGGGAGCGGCUGGAAAUCGCUGGGGUACCCUUGGUGGCCGCGUCACGCUUGCUGGUGAUUCGGCGCACACGAUGACUUACCAGCGUGGGCAGGGAUUAAAUCACUCCGUGACUGAUGCAGCUAAAUUGUGUGAGGCAAUCUUGAAGUAUGCUCUUGCAGAAAUUCUGGAACAGAGUUGGGCCAUGGGGAUUAUUAAUGAGCAUCAAGAUCUUGUACUUUACAAGAUGGGAAUAUAA